GAGAGACCGUCAACUACAACGCGAGCAAUGUCAGUCUAGACUCCACAGCUCUUGGCUGCACUUUCCAAGUUCCCCCGAGCUGCGCUCCUCGAACUAUGACUGGAGUAUUCGACAGAAGAGUUCCAAGCAUAAGAUCUUCCGAUUUCCAGAGCCCUUUUCAACAUCACGCGAUGCAUCAUCCCUCUCAGGAGUCUCCAACUUUACCCGAGUCUUCAGCUACGGAUUCGGGGUACUACAGCCCCGCUGGGGGGGUCCACCAUGGUUAUUGUUCGCCUAGCUCCACUUCGUAUGGAAAAGCGCUUAAUGCCUACCAAUAUCAAUAUCAUGGAGUGAAUGGAUCUGCUGGAAAUUACCCCGCUAAAUCAUAUCCAGAUUAUUCAUAUACCAGCGCUGCUUACCACCAAUACGCCGGAACGUACAGCAGGGUACAAGCACAGUCUAGUCCACAAGAGAAAGAAGUGCCAGAGCCCGAAGUGAGGAUGGUAAACGGAAAGCCGAAGAAAGUCCGGAAGCCCAGGACGAUCUACUCCAGCUUCCAGCUCGCCGCGCUGCAGCGGAGGUUUCAGAACACCCAGUACCUCGCGCUGCCGGAGAGAGCCGAGCUGGCGGCCUCGCUCGGACUCACCCAGACACAGGUGAAAAUCUGGUUCCAAAACAAGAGGUCAAAGCUGAAGAAGAUCAUGAAGAACGGAGAGCUUCCCCCGGAACACAGUCCGAGUUCGAGCGACCCAAUGGCGUGCAAUUCUCCCCAGUCCCCCGCUGUGUGGGACGCCCAGGGCGCCACCAGGCCCCAUAAUCCGCACUCCCAUCAACAAAACACGAAUACGGCGACCUCAAACUUUUUGGAAAACCCUAGCUCUUGGUACUCUGCGUCUGGCGCUAUCAAUUCUCACCUGCAGCCCUCCAACUCUAUACAGCACUCACUGGUUCUUGGGGCAGGGACGCUAUAUUAAAGCGCUGUUUAAAAAACAUA